CACACAUGAAAUUUGACUGAAAAAAUGGGCAACCAUCAAGAAUGCUACUCUGAGUAUCUCAUGCAGUAUCUCAGGGGUAGUGGGAUAGCCUAGUGGUUAAAGCCUUCGCUCGUCACGCUGAAGACCCGGGUUCGAUUCUCGACAGGAGUACAAUGUGUGAAGCCAAUUCCUGGUGUCCCCCGCCGUGAUAUUGCUGGAAUAUUGCUAAAAGCGGUGUAAAACCCUACUCACUCAUGCACGCCACCCAGCUCGCAGUCGGGAUAUUGAUCUAUCUUCGUUAAUUCCCCACAUUCUACCAGACGAUAAAAUUUACGCUAGUCGAGCUCAGCCUGCAAUGACGGACUUUACCGAGAUGUGACGGAAUCGCCUCUGUGACGUCAUAAUGGCAACGCCGCCAUUGCUUGCGUAGCAACCAGAUUUACACUUGGUCAAGUCUGAUAGCUCUGCCAAAAUUGUCUUUUUCCUUUUUUUACAAGCAUGAAUGAGAUUCACCUUCCAGAUUUCCAUCAUCUUCAGAACGAGGGGGAACUCAUCAACCCUUCUCGUUUCUGGUUUGAACUAAUCACUUCCCGGAUCGACAUCAAUCAUUCGUACGCCGAGAGGCUGCUCAGCUGGUGUGAAGAUUGUAAAGGCAAGCUUGACACUGUCAGUCAAGACGCAUGUUCCGAGAGUUAUGAGAUUCGUCAUCUUCUGGACUGCUACCUGAAAUCGUCCGAACAGGAGGCUAACCAUAUUCUCACCAUGUCUCGUGAUCUUACCGGCCAGAACGGAUCCAUCCGAUCUCUAAAAAAACUGACGUCUACUAACAGGAGAGGCGUGUCAUCUGAGCACAAGGACCUGAGCCGGGAACUUCUGUCCCUGACUGAGAGACACAUGGUGUGCCUCAAACAUCUCCAGGACGUGAAGGAGAACGGAAUAAUGGCCAUGACUGCCUCUCACAAUUAUGAACGGAGAAUAAGCGAGUUGAAGGCUGAGCUGGAGAAGGUGGGGGAGAAGUCUAAGAGAUCCCGGCCCAGCAUGGUAGAGAAGAAGGUUCGCACUCUGCACUCUAAGCUGUUUAAAUACGACCAGAAGAAGAGGACCCACAGAAUCCAUUACGAGCAGCUAUUGAAAGAGGAGAGUGAGCUUGUGAACAAGCUGAGAAAGACCUCUGACCAUGCAUGUCAAGAAGCAUGUGCCCUGCAGAAGAGUCAGUUGGAGUCCUUGGUCUCCAGUCUCAGAGACUUUGUUGUCAAGACGUGCUCGUCUGACAACGCUGACAGGACCAACUUCCUAAAGUCAGCUAUAGACGACAUAGCUGUCGAUGACAUUGUCAAUGCCACCUGUGAUGUGACCUCACGGAAAUAUAUCUUCCCGGAUGUUCAGGGUUGGCAUCAGAAAUUUGGCUUCUUGGAGAAAAUUCCAACCUCGUUUAUCCGAGCAUCUGAUGUGGUCAUUAGACGAGAUCUGAAGAAAGGCCUGACUGAGGAGAACUGCCUGGCACAAGAAGUCAUGUCAGCCAUGGGCCAGCCAGUUCACAGGCGCAGAUGCUGGAUCUCUAAGUCUAGGACCAAGAAUGGUGACGACGGUGACAUCAAUAACAAUGAGACUGUUGCUGCUGCAGUGGAGGACGACAUUAAAUACAUGGAGGACGUUUAUGUGCGAGUUGUCCGCCCCUUCAAGCCCACCCACCCUGAGCACCUCCAGCUGAAUCUAGGCAUGCGCAUCAAGCAAAAGUUCCCAAUGGAUGUGAGGGGCAUGUCCUUUGGGUGGUGCCGGAGUGGGCUUGUCGGCCGUAACAAACAGUAUGGCUUCUACCCUGCUGACCACGUGAUUCUGGAGACAUAGACUAUUUUUGUUUCCUCUGCUUUAAACCAUAAUCCAUCUUGACUGUAUAUAUUGUAAAAAUGUUUUCAUGUAAAUACAUAUUGAUAACUGUGUA